GAAUUUUACGAUUUUAUGCAACAAUCUCACGACAACUCUGCCCUGUAAACAUUUAACAUUGGGUGGUUUAACAUUGGCCCCUUUUCAAUGGGAGAGUGUAUGUUACUAGCCAACGUAAACAUCAAGCCAAAGCAGCCAAAGUUAUCCAGAAAUGUGGCAUUUGUUAAUAAAGAAUUGUUGGUGGUGGUUCUUUCAUAACAGUACACGCGCUUAAAAAGAAACGAAAAAAAAUGUUUCGAAACAUUUAAAUUUUUAAAUAGAAUUAUAAAUUUACAGAAAACGUGUUUUAAUUGCUAAAAAAACAAAAAAUAUAAAACAAAAUCACAAACAAAAUGGCGAAAGAAGUAACUCCCAGAGGAAGUAUUUUGGGAAAAUGUGUACCAGCUCGUUAUGUCCUGGCCGUAUUUGGUUCCAUUGGAAUGGCCAUAGUAUAUGGCCUAAAGGUUAAUUUAAGUGUAGCUAUGGUGGCAAUGUUAAAUCAUACAGCCGUUGGCCAUGGAUCACAUGGUGGAGCUUCCCAUACAAAUGGUUCGUCAAACUUAACAAAUUCCGAUGUAGAAAUCUGUUUGCCACCUGGAGGCGAAGAUGGAACAAAUGCCAACGCAACAGCAACGGACGGUCCAUUUGUUUGGAGUGAACCCUUGCAAGGUACAUUGCUGAGUUGUUAUUUCUGGGGUUAUAUAAUAUCUCAGAUACCUGGGGCCCGUGUUGCUGAGAACUUCUCUGCCAAAUGGGUUAUGCUGUUUUCCGUAGGCAUCAAUGUUGUGUGCACUCUUCUGACACCUGUGCUAACGAAACUUCAUUAUUCCGGUCUCAUUGCCAUGCGGGUAUUGGAGGGAGUGGGUGGUGGUGCCACAUUUCCAGCCAUGCACUGUAUGAUUGCUGCCUGGGCUCCACCAAACGAACGUUCGGUCAUGUCCACAAUUAUCUAUGUGGGAACGUCUUUUGGCACAGCCAUGUCUAUAUUAAUGGCUGGUGUUCUCUCCGCCAAUCUUGGCUGGGAAUCGGUGUUCUAUGUUAUGGGUGGUCUAAGUUGUAUCUGGAUGUUUUUAUGGACCAUAUUCAUACAGGACAAUCCACAAAAACAAAGUUUCAUUAGCGCGGAAGAGAGACAAAUGAUAACUGCUUCCUUGGGCAAUGAUGAGCCGAACGUCAAAGAAGAACAUCCACCUGUGCCAUGGAAAAAGGUGUUCACAUCGGUGCCCUUCUGGGCCAUCUUAGUCGCUCACUGCUGCAACAAUUGGGGCUGGUAUAUGUUCCUCAUUGAGAUUCCAUUCUACAUGAAACAGGUGUUGGCCUUCAAUGUUUCCAGCAAUGCUGUAGCCAGUGCUUUGCCCUACUUCCCCAUGUUGAUAUUCAGUAUUAUUUUGGGCAAAUCUUUGGAUAGUCUCAAGGCAAAAAAGAAAAUAAACACCACCACUGCACGCAAAAUCGCCACAAGUAUUUGCUCUGUAAUACCAGGAAUAUGUCUUCUUAUACUGUGCUAUAUUGGCUGCAAGCACACUGCAGCGGUGGUUAUAAUGUCCGUGGGCAUAGUUGCCAUGGGUGGCAUGUUUUCUGGUUUUCUCUCCAAUCACAUAGAUAUUGCCCCAAAUUAUGCGGGUACUUUGGUGGCUUUAACCAAUACUGUGGCGACCUUGCCAGGCAUUAUUGUGCCACUAUUUGUGGGUUAUAUAACCAAAGGAAAUCAAAACAUUGGAGCAUGGCGCGUUAUAUUCUUUGUGACAUUAGCUUUGUUUACCAUUGAAUUUUUCAUUUACACCAUGUUCGGCUCCGGUGAGGAACAGCCAUGGAACAAAAAGAACAACAGCGAGAACGAAGAAGAUAAAGAGAAAGUUUUGCAAGACGAAAAUACCCCUUUGAAUGCAGCUAAAAAUGGAAAUGUCACAUCCACCUAAGAAACUCAAUUACUAUGCUAUUAAGUAGAUGAUGUCUUUAAUGUUAUUAUAAUAAUUUUAAGAGAUUAUAUAAGAUUUUA